AUGCAGUGAGGCCGGGCGGGCGGGCGGGAUCGCUGGGCUAGGGCCACGGCGGCGCUGCAGAGAUGUGACUCGGGCCGAGGGCCAGCGGGAGCGUCGGCGCUGCGGGGCCGCGGGGGUCGGAGCUGAGUGUGUGACCUUGGGCAAGUGUCCCAGCCUCCUCAAGACUGUUGUCACCGGUGUGAGAACUGGCUGUGUCGGGUCCCUGGCCGAGGCUGAGUCAUCGCAUCAGAGAGAAAGAUGAGAACCCACCAGGCGCUCGCCUUCCUCCUGCUCUUCGUGAUUGCCUCCGGGGCCUCUGAGAACGCCAGCACUUCCCGGGGCUGCGGACUGGACCUUCUCCCUCAGUACGUGUCCCUGUGCGACCUGGACACCAUCUGGGGCAUCGUGGUGGAGGCGGUGGCCGGGGCGGGCGCCCUGAUCACACUGCUCCUGAUGCUCAUCCUGCUGGUGCGGCUGCCGUUCAUCAAGGACAAGGAGAAAAAGGACCCUGUGGGCCUCCACUUCCUCUUCCUCCUGGGGACCCUGGGUCUCUUUGGGCUGACCUUUGCCUUCAUCAUCCGGGAGGACGAGACCAUCUGCUCGGUCCGCCGGUUCCUCUGGGGCGUCCUCUUCGCACUCUGCUUCUCCUGCCUGCUGAGCCAGGCAUGGCGAGUGAGGAGGCUGGUGCGCCACGGCAAGAGCCCCUCGGGCUGGCAGCUGGUGGGCAUGGCCCUGUGCCUGAUGCUGGUGCAGGUCAUCAUCGCCAUCGAGUGGCUGGUGCUGACCGUGCUUCGAGACGCGAAGCCGGCCUGUGCCUACGAGCCCAUGGACUUCGCGAUGGCCCUCAUCUACGACAUGGUACUGCUCGUGGCCACCCUGGCGCUGGCCUUUUUCUCGCUGUGUGGCAAGUUCAAGAAGUGGAAGCAGAAUGGAGUCUGCAUCUUGAUCACGGCCUUCCUCUCCGUGCUCAUCUGGGUGGCUUGGAUGACCAUGUACCUCUUCGGCAACGCCGAGCUACGCCAGGGAGAUGCCUGGGGUGACCCCACCUUGGCCAUCACGCUGGUGGCCAGUGGCUGGGUCUUUGUCAUCUUCCAUGCCAUCCCGGAGAUCCACUGCACCAUUCUGCCAGCCCCGCAGGAAAACACGCCCAACUACUUCGACACGUCACAGCCAAGGAUGCGGGAGACGGCAUUUGAGGAGGACGUGCAGCUGCCACGGACCUACAUGGAGAACAAAGCCUUCUCAAUGGAUGAACACAAUGCAGCUCUCCGAACUGCAGGAUUUCGCAAUGGCAGCUUGGGAAACAGACCCAGCGCUCCGUUCAGAAGCAACGUGUAUCAGCCAACUGAGAUGGCCGUUGUGCUCAACGGGGGGACUAUCCCAACUGCUCCGCCAAGUUACACUGGAAGACACCUCUGGUGAAAGACUUUAAGUUCCAGAGAAUAAGAGUCUCUCCUACCAAUUUUA